CUACCUGAGCAGAGCAUACAAAAAAAGAAGGUUGGGUGAUAACAAUUAUUAUUUGAUGCUGAGAGUCAGAUAUUAUGCCAGAAGACAUAAUGAUCCUCCCUUCUAGAAGAAUUGUCUACCACUUGUUCUGCUUCCUCAACUUCAUGAUUGUCCUGAUAGUCAUUUUAACUCCCUUUUGGCUCUGGAAUAAUUUCAGGAAUGAGUUUGUCUUUAUGGGGCUGUGGCUCAAAUGCAAUAACUCCGGUUGUCGUAAAGUGUCUUUGGAAAAUGCCUCUCCAGAAAUGCUACAAAAUGCCCGGUGGUUUUCACUAUUGGCCUUCAUCAGCUCUUUAACUUCCCUGAUUUUAUCACAGGAUAACCUCAGCCAAUUUUUUCAGACGGCAUUCUCUAAAAGGCUGAUUUCUACCAUGGCUAAUUUCUGUGCAGGCAUUUUUCUGCUACUUUCUCUGAUGAUUAUCUGCUUUGGGAUUACCCAUGAGAUCAAUACAGAGGAAAAAUAUCUAUCACCUUCCUUUGGUUUUUAUAUAGGUUGUGUCGCCUGUCUUCUGGCCUUCUUGUUAGGUAUAGUUAGUCUCGUGCACCCUGUUGGCUUGUUUGAAGACAGCAUAAACGAGACGACACAGAGAAGUUUGAUGAUUCCUGAGGGCUACGUUGACCAAUACACACAUUCUUUUUUAUGAACCCAGAUUAAGUUCUGGAGGAGCCUGAUUGGACGUUGGAAUUCUAACAAGUUCAUUUCAUUGAACCAGUGGGAUUCCCUCCAUUUGGAAUGCAGGAGAGCUUCUGGGAGCCCUUCUUGGCACCUCUCGCUUUUGAAUGGUCAAGGUCUUAGCAAAGUGUUCUGCUCCGCCCAUCGGAUUAUCUACUCCAUUCAUAAAGUACAUUAAUUUCUGCACAGUCACAGUGCAACAUUUCUGCCUGGAGUGCAAAAUACCCUCUUCCAGAACAGACAUCGCUUUGGAGCACUGCCUAUAAAUUGCAUUAUUAAAAAUGCAUCUCAUUCAGUGGAUGUCUCUC